CUUUACAUUGUUUUCUUUUGUAUUACUCAGUCUGAUUAUUGGCGGGAAAUCUGUCUGAAAAUGCUCUCUAUGGAGACAAUGCCAGAACAGGCUCCUGGAAAUUCUCAAAACAACCCUGGUCAAGAAUCUGUGGACAAUAGUGCUCAAACAGGCCAAGCAGGUGUAGGUAAUUGGCAAGAGGAGAUAUAUCAAAUGAUUAGGAGCUUGAAGGAAAAGUACUUUGCGGAACUCAAUGAAUUGUUCAAUAAGAUCUCUGUGAAAAUACAUUAUGUUGACAGCAUCAUACCACCUCAAAGGCCAUCUGAGCAGUACGAAAGAAUGAAGAACUUUAAAAUAAUGUUGGAGCGUAUAUUACAAAUUCUGCAAAUUAGCAAGAGUACUCUCCAACCUGCUCUGAGGGACAAGCUUCCUCAUUACGAGAAACAGAUCAUCAGCAUCUUGAAUUCACAAAGAAGGAAACCAGUGCAACCACAAGUACAGCAACAGUUCCAGCCACCUGCAGGACAAGCUUCUAAUUCUAACAUUUCACAGCAACGACAGCCAUCCGAGAGUUCACAGAAGUAUUAUAGUCAUACUAAUCCUCAAGCAAGUUUGUCGACCAUGAGCACCGGAUUACAGUCCUCUAAUGCAUCUUGUAUCCAGCACCCAACAACAAAAUUGAGUGUCCCCAUGCAUCAAAAUGGUGCAAAGCGUCAGCGGCAGACAGACUCUGAUUUGAAGGCUGCCCGAAGAAAGGCUGCUCAAAGAAGCAGUUUCGAUUCCGUGCGGUAUGGUUCAAUCUUCGAUGAGUGGCGCCUCAUUACAGCAGGGGAGCACUGGGCUGAUGCAGCGUACUCAACUGCAGACUUUGGUAGAUAAUU